AUGCUCAAUAAUCUAAAAAACUUCAUCAAGCAAAAGAAGAACAACAAACAGUCGGGGUUGAAUCCUAUUGAAAGCAAUAAUAGUGGUGCCGCCGUCGAUACUAUUAGCUCUUCCAUGGAGCUUUCAAAUCCCUUCAGUGUCUCGGAUAGUGAGGCUAACCACAAAAUAUCUGCGGUAACCGGUAGUAAUAACUCACAGUCAAACAAUGACAAAAUCGAAGAUAUCUCCUAUAAUUUUGCCUCAAUAGACCUCCAAAAAAAUGACGCUGCCAAUGACACAAAGGCCAGAAUUAGCAAGAGCGAGUAUACCACUCCAAACAUUGACAACCUGACUGAUCAUCAGCGGAGUUCAAGUUUGAAAAUUAAACCUGAUAAGUAUCAAACAUUGCUUGAACAUUAUUACCAAUACUACGAAAAGUUAGGGGAAGGAGCUUUCUCAGAAGUUCUUAGAGGCAAAAAUGUCCAAUCCGGCGAGGAUGUUGCAAUCAAAAUUAUUAGUAAGAAAAAACUUGACACCAGCCAGCAACAAUCAGUUUUUAAGGAGGUCACCAUAUUACGUCGAUUGGAUCACAAAAACAUUGUUUCUUUUGAUAAUUUCUUGGAGGAUGAUAACUAUUACUAUAUUAUUCAAGAUUUAUGUGAUGGUGGCGAAAUUUUUAAUCAAAUUGUCAAUUUGACCUAUUUCAGUGAAGAUUUAUCAAGACAUGUUAUAUGCCAGGUUGCUGAAUCCAUAAGAUACCUACACAAUGAAGUUGGUGUAGUGCAUCGUGAUUUAAAGCCAGAAAAUCUAUUGUUCGACCCUAUUGAUUUUACUCCUUCUAAAGAUUUCCCCUCAAAACUAAGAAAAUCUGAUGAUAUUAAAUCAAAAAAGGACGAAGGAGAAUUCAAUUAUGGCGUUGGAGGGGGAUGUAUUGGAACCGUUAAGCUUGCUGAUUUUGGUUUGUCAAAACAAAUCUGGGAAAGUAAGACUAAAACCCCUUGUGGCACUGUUGGUUAUACUGCACCUGAAAUCGUUAAAGAUGAAAGAUAUUCCAAAAAAGUUGAUAUGUGGGCGCUUGGUUGUGUUCUUUAUACUUUACUUUGUGGAUUUCCUCCAUUCUACGAUGAAAAAAUUGACGAACUCACGGAAAAAAUUUCUAAGGGACAAUAUGAAUUCCUUAGGCCUUGGUGGGAUGAAAUUAGUGCUGGUGCAAAGAAUUGCGUGUUAAAUUUGCUUUGUGUAAACUCUCAUCAAAGAUAUGAUAUCAACCAAUUUUUCGAAGAUCCUUGGAUUAAAAGUUUCUUAGAUAAAUUGCCUCAGGAUGCUAAUAAUAAUUAUAUUUAUUCCGGAUAUGAUGCAGUUGUUGCCCAAGAGAAAGCUGAAGCCUUGGCCAAGAAGAAGCAAGAGGAAGACAGAAUUAAAGUAAAAAGAGCUUUUUAUUAUUCUGGAGCGUACUCCCCAGCUCUAGCAUCGCCUGCUGCUAUGUUAAUGAAGGAUGCAUUUGAUGUUAGCACUGCAGUGCAUCGUCAAAAGGAAGAAAGAUUAUUACGUGAUACGCUUACUAGGGGAAACUUUGAUGUUCUCGAAGAAGAAGAGGAAGACGAAGAUGGCGGGGAUAAAAUCUUCACUGAGGAUAGAACGACGAAUGGUAAUAUCUUUGAGUUGAAUUUAGAUAAGGCAAGCAUUAUUCAAAGACGUAAACAUGAAGUUGCUGCUUGA